AUGGUGUUGAUUGCGGCUGUUUUAGGCAGUCCAAUCGUCCAUCUGCUGUCUUCUAAUGCAAUCUGGCGAUUAUGCCUCCCGGGCCCUCAGAUAGUAGAAUUUGAUCGUCCGAUCUGUGACAAUGAACCCUGCCGUGGAUUUUGUGGGGUCCAUCAUCGCUAUCACCUCCGACUUCCGGCCCUUGCAGCUGCGGACGCCGAGAUCCCGCGACCGUACUAUCCCGCCGCAUACGAGCACGUUGUCUUCCGACCGGGAAUCGAUAUUCUGCAUAUCAACUGGGACGAAGGAGACCUGGGCGCAUACGAUCUCUGGAACGAAGAGGACAACGCAAUCCCAUAUUUUUGCGCGGUGACUCGGAAAGCAGUACACAACCCGAUCUCCAUCACUGACCGACACCUCCGGCAGGAAUUCGACGAACCCUUCUUCGCCGGCAACGUUCGCGUUGCCGCACUGGACAAGUAUGCAAUGCGAGACCACUGGUUGGUUCUAAUACGGACUGUCAGUUUUGACUUCAAGGACGACGCUGAGGCGCUGCGGUCCGGGUUGUUUGGGGAAUUCGAGCUGGACCCUGUGCGCUACGUCGAUCCUUAUGACUCAGACACCCUGCACCGUUAUCAUCAGCUCUGGCAGACACAAAACCCCACUGCCAUCACCACCUGCAACACUACUGUUCCUGUCACCCCGAAAACGCCAUGGACCCGAGAGAUCCAGCAGGCGGCUGCCGCAGAGUUUUUCGCGUUUUCGGAAGAUGAUCACCAGCCACUACGUGAGCGACUCGCGCGGUGGAAGGAAUACAUUGACCGUCGCUGGGUCUGGAAUGUAUUCUACCGGAUAGCGGAAGAGGCCAAGGCCGGAGCCCCGGUAAGCGUUCCGGAUCGUGACGUGCUGUUCCUUCCGCCCUACCCUGGCUACGACUGGCAAGAUGAUGAGGAGACUUACGAUGACUUUCGAUCCAAAUAUACGCUCAACCGGGGCCAUCCUUGGAUACAGGCAGUUUUGGACAAAAUGCCCGUCUUCCAGCCGAUGUUUGUCUUCCGCCAUCGGAUGGGGAUUGGUUGCAACGGCUGGCAUUUAUACGUAGUAGAGGGGUCUUGAAAGGAGCUCUGCCGGCCUCCCAAGCUAAAGUUCGCAUCGAG